AUGGACUGCAAAAGACCGGAAAUCAUCAGCGAUGAGCAAAAAGAUGGACAGCAAAGACCCAAGUUGUCGAUUAGUGUGGAAUGUGAUACAUCAAAGAUUAUUCGAAAACAAAAUUCCUCGGUUGGAAAAUCCAGGACCUCCUCGGUUGGAGAAGCCUGGCCCUCCUCUGUUGAUGUCUCCAUAGAAAAUCAUGAUCACUCCGGCUUUGUCUCUGUGGAAGCCGCCGGUGUCUACCCAAAAUCCUCCUUUGUCUCCGAAAAAACCAGUGGCGAAGCAAGUGCUAAAUCAAAAGCCAAGACCCAAGAGAGAGGUCAUUGA